GAGCUGGAGUUUACCUGGCCGGGAGGCAGGAGACAAAGAGAGAAAGAGAAAGAAGGAAAGAAAGAAAGAAAGAGCAAGCCAGACUUGAUUCCUGCCCUAAAAAGUUGGUAAUCUCCUUGGGACAAUGACGCAUUCAUAGGAAAAGGAACUCGGAUGGUACAGGCAGGCUUCUGGGAGCCCGAGUCGCGUCUUUACCCCGAUGCUGCUGUUGCUGGGACCAGGAUGGCUUUAAACUCGGGGCCACCACCAGGCAUCGGGCCUUUCUACGAGAAUCAUGGCUACCAGCCGGAGCACCUGUACCCUCCGCCCCAAGCCGCGUCUCCCAACCCCUACGUGGCGUUCCCGGCUUCGUACUACCCGUCCCCCGUCCCCCAGUACACCCCGAGGAUCCUCACCCGCGCCUCCAGCCCGGCCGCCGGCAUGCAGCCGUCGCCCCCUGCGGGAGCAGGGCACCCCUCAAAGACGAAGACGGCGCUGCUCGUCACCCUGGGCCUGGCCGCCGUCCUGGUGGGGGCGGCGCUGGCCGCAGGCCUGCUCUGGAGGUUUCUGGGGAGCAGGUGCUCCUCCGGGAUGGAGUGCGGCACCUCGGGGACCUGCGUCAGCCCCGCCCUGUGGUGUGACGGGGUGUCCCACUGCCCCAACGGGGAGGACGAGAACCGCUGCGUUCGCCUCUACGGACCCAACUUCCUCCUUCAGGUCUACUCGUCCCAGAGGAAGUCCUGGUACCCCGUGUGCCAGGACGACUGGACCCAUGCCUACGCCAGGGCCGCCUGCCGGGACAUGGGCUACCGGAACAGCUUCUACUCUAGCCAAGGGGUGCGGGAUGACAGCGGAGCCACGAGCUUCCUGAAGCUCAACACGAGCGCCGGCAACAUUGACCUCUACAAGAGACUUUACCACAGCGACAGCUGUUCCUCGGGGUUGGUUGUCUCCCUGCGCUGUAUAGAGUGCGGCGUGCCCUCGGCCAGCCGCCAGGGCAGGAUCGUGGGCGGGUGGAGCGCCAGCCUGGAGCAGUGGCCGUGGCAGGUGAGCCUGCACGUGCAGGGCGUGCACGUGUGCGGAGGCUCCAUCAUCACCCCGGAGUGGAUCGUGACGGCCGCGCACUGCGUGGAGAAGCCUCUUGACAGCCCCCGGUACUGGACGGUGUUCGCGGGCAUCUUGAGGCAGUCCCUCAUGUUCUACGGCUACGGCUACCGCGUGGAGCAAGUGAUCUCCCACCCGGGCUACGACUCCAAGAGCAAGAACAACGACAUCGCCCUGUUCAAGCUGCAGAGGCCCCUGGCCCUCGGCGACAGGGUGAAGCCGGUGUGUCUGCCCAACCCGGGCUUGAUGCUUGACCCCAAGCAGCAGUGCUGGAUUUCUGGGUGGGGCGCCACGUACGAGAAAGGGAAGACCUCGGACGUGCUGAACGCCGCCAUGGUGCCCCUCAUCGAGCCCUCGGACUGUAACAGUAAACUAGUCUACAACAACCUCAUCACGCCGGCCAUGAUCUGUGCAGGGUACCUGCGGGGCAGCGUCGACUCCUGCCAGGGCGACAGCGGGGGCCCGCUGGUGACACUGAAGAACGGGAUCUGGUGGCUGAUUGGGGACACGAGCUGGGGGUCGGGCUGUGCCAAGGCGUACCGGCCCGGCGUGUACGGGAACGUGACCGUGUUCACAGACUGGAUCUACCGACAGAUGAGGGCGAACAGCUGAUCCUCGGGUCCGGACCGAC